AUGAACUCUUCUCGCCUCACUUUAUAUUUACGGCAUUAUAUCCACACAUCAUCUUUUGCGUCAUCUUCCAAAGGACACGUUCCAUAUCUUUCUCAGCAUGAGGUAAUUUCUGAUUGAAAAAGCGUCUUCUGUUGAAAUCGCCCGUCUUACAGUUGAGAACAAGCUUUGUCGAUUAUUUCAAAGCACAAGACCACGAACAUGUUCCAUCGUGGUCAGUGGUUCCGGCAGAGAAUGACGGAUCCCUCCUAUUCACAAACGCCGGAAUGAACCAGGUUUCAUAGAUAAACUUCGAAUGAAAAAUAAGUGAUUUUUCCAGUUCAAGCCUCUGAUUCUCGACCCAAAUGGAGUGAAAAGGAAAAUUGUUAGUGUGCAAAAGUGUAUUCGAGCUGGUGAGUCAAAAAAAAAGACGAGUAUUUUGAAGUUGGAGAGCUUCAGGUGGGAAGCACAACGACCUAGAUGAUGUCGGUUCCGACUUGCAUCAUCAGACUUUUUUCGAAAUGCUCGGCAAUUGGUCAUUUAAUAAUGCCUAUUCAAAGGUUAUUUUGUGAAAUUUCCGCAAUAAUUUUCAAAUUGAAGGAGGAAGCUUGCAAAAUGGCUUGGGAUUAUUUAUGUGACACAUUGAAAAUUGACGCGGAUCGUCUUUAUGUUUCAUAUUUCGCCGGAUCCGAGGAAUUGGGAAUUUCAGCAGAUUUCGAAUGCCGAGAUGUUUGGAAGAAAAUUGGGUGGGUUUUUUCCAAGGGUUUUUAUAAAGUUAGCUUUCAGAGUACCUGACGGCAAGAUUCUACCUUUCGAGAAGGAUAAUUUCUGGGAAAUGGGAGCCAGCGGACCCUGUGGCCCAUGUACCGAAAUUCACUACGAUCGAAGUGAGAAGAAACGCGAUGCCGCAAUUCUUGUGAAUCGCGACGAUUCCGUCGUCGAACUUUGGAACCUCGUUUUCAUGUCCAAUUUGCGGUGCGGCUUCGAAAAACUAUAAACAAAAAACUACUGCGUGAAUAUUUACGGUGACUUUUACGCGUGAACUUCAAAUAUUGAAAUUUUUGAGCAUCGAAAAUUUUGAAAUCGCCCCCUAAAGUCACCGCGAAUUUCAAGCUUCGCUCGUAAAAGUUUCCAUAAAAAUCAUUCAUAGCGAUAAAUCGUUGUAGGACCUGUUUUUUUUUAAGUGCUCCCGGAAUUGUAAUUUUUCCUUUUUUGCGAAUUUUGGAGCGAAUGAAGCGUUAAUUUUAGGAUCGCCGAAGUUUCUUUGAACAUAGAAAAAAAAAAUUAAAGUCAGAUGAAAGUUUCUUCUACAGCUUUUUGUUUCAAACAAGGCUAAACUUCUGCUCCUAGUAAAGUUUCAAAAUUCCAGACUUCCUUCCGGUCAAGUCAAGAAACUCCAUUCGGAGCAUAUCGACACAGGAAUGGGAUUUGAAAGACUUUUGUCCGUUGUUCAGAAUGUUCCAUCCAACUUCGAUACGGACGUUUUUGCUCCAAUUUUCCAGAGAAUCUCUGAGGUUUGAAUCUAAAUUUCUGAGCAUGAAAACAAAAAAAAUAUUUUAAAGGUAAAAAACGUUUAAAUUUCAGUUAUCAAAGUUACAAUACGGUGGUCGGAUCGGUAAAGAUUUGGCUGGAUUGCAAGAUUCUACAUUUCGCGUGGUUGCGGACCACUUAAGGGCUGUUACCGUAGCCAUUGCCGAUGGAGCGAAGCCGGCUGGAACCGAUUCUGGGUGAUUUUUUUCGUCUUCAGAGAUUUUUUUAAUGUUGAAGUUUGCUUUUAUAACUUUUUUUUUCUCUUCAUGAAUUUCAUGUUUAUUUGCCUCUUAUUCAAGUUUUACGGUUUUCUAGAAGCUUCUGGACGCAUUUAGAAUGGCUUCAAGCGUUGCGGUCGCGCUGCGGCUCAAGUUAAGGCCUUUAAGCGUUUCUGGGUUGAAUCGUUCAUUGGAAAAAUUAAGACGAAACUGGUCGAAAAUUCAAAAAAAUUCCUCAAAAAUGAAGAUUUACUGUUUCAAGGAAACUAUGAGUCUGAAGUAAACCCUUUUCGCUAUUCAAAACAUGCAUUUUUGCGUUCAACACCAAAAAAUUUUGAAAGGCGACUCGCGUAAGUCGUUUUCUGGUCGGGCACGUCUUCAUUAUGAAUUUUUCGCAGCUGCUACUAUUUAAGCCACACAAGCGGUAGAAAGUGUUUCAAUUCUGAAAAUUUACAUAUUUUCAAACUAUUUGAAGACUGCAGAAUUAAUCGAAAAUACUCGAAAAUUCAGGUUUAUUGUCCGAAAAAUGCUGCGUCGAGCUUGUCUUCAAUCCACGCGAAUUCUGAAUUUCGAAAGAUCCAGUAUUUCUGAACUUGUUCCUGUUGUUGUUCGCACCUUAGUGAGCCGAAAUUCAGAAAAGGAGAUUUUUAUUUUAACUUCAAGGGAGAAGCUUACCCAAAGUUGCGCCGUGCUGAAAAAUAUGUCAUUCAAACGGUGGAAGAUGAAGAAAAACAGUUCUGGAAAGUGGUCGACAAAGGCGCGAAGACUUUUGAAAAUAUGCUGAAAGACGUUCCGAGUGGUUCGAAGAGCUUCCCAGGUUAGAAAAGAGAGUAAUAGACGAUCUGAAGAGACGUCAGAGAAGUUAGAGUAAAUAUUGUUUCUCUGACCUCUACUACUCUCCCACAGUCUUUCACUUCUGACCUUUUGCACUUUGUCUCGUGAGAUUAUCAUUAGAAACACAGCAAACGUCGAAAAACUCGCCAGUUUCUCAGGCGUCUCUUCAGGUCUUUGUUGAUAUCUCGCUUCUUGAUUUUGCUCAUGAUUUUGUAAAAGGUCAUUAGAAUGAUGGUAAAACUCGAGAAAGUGCUGGUGGGGGGAAGCGAGAGAUUAGUGGCUCCCUGAAGAGACGCCAGAGAAGUUGGAGUCUCUAUGGUUUCUCUAACCUCUACUAGUCUCCCACGGUCUCUCGUUUCUGGCCUUUUUUACAUUGUAUCGCGAUAUUAACAUAGAAGGACAUUAAACGUCGAAAAACGCUCUUGUUAGUCUGGUGUCUCCUCAGAUCUUGUUGAUCUCUCGCGUCUUUGUUUUAGUCAUGGCUUUGUAAAAGGUCAUUAGAAUAAUUAAAACUUAGGAAAAUGCUGGUGUAAGAAAGCGAUAGAUUAGCGGCGGUCUGAAGAGACGCCAGAGAAGUUAAAGUCACUGUUUUUCUCUAACCUCUCUACUGCCCUCUCACGCUCUCUCGCUUCUAACUCUUCGUACAAUUUUCCGUGAGAUUAACAUGGUAGGAUAGUAUAAUUCAAAACUAUGAGAGAGUGAAAGAUCUGCGACAGAAAAGAGACGCCCGAGAAGUGAGGACUCCCUAGUUUCUCUGGUGUCUCUUCAGGUCGUUAUUGAUCUGUCGCUUCUUAUGUUUGGGAGAGGUUUUGAAAGAGGACAAUAAAAUAAUGCUUGAAUAUAAAAAAAACGGAAAUGUGUGAAUGCGAGAGAUGAGCGGCGGCCUGAAGAGACGCCAAAGAAGUUGGAGCUUUUCUUCUUUCUGUGGUCUCUCUUCAGGGCGGCACUGAUCCAUCUCUUCAAUUUCUCAAUUUGAACUAUUUCAAAAAUUUCAAAAAAUCAAUUUCGUUCCAGGGAAAUUUUUAUUCGCCCUGCAUGACACAUACGGCGUCUCCGUAGAAAUUACGACGGAAUUGGCCAGAAUACAGGGACUUUCAGUGGAUCUUGAAGAAUAUGAACGACUUCGGAAUCAGGCGAAGGUGAAAAAAUGAUGAACACAGAGAAAAACAGAAGGAAAAAGAAUAUUUUUAAGAAAAAAAAUCGGAAAAAACGAGUUUUCUGUAUUUCUUGGACUCAUUAGCGUUUCUCCAGCCGAUUCGGUCUUGAAACUGAAGUUGAUCAAACUGAAACUGAUCAAAGCUCAAAUUGAUUGAAAAAGUUCAAAAAAAUAUGUAAACGUGUAAGAUUUUUAAUCAAUUUUUCACAAAAAUAGCUUGUUCUAUCAUAUUCCCUCAAUGAAAGGUAGAAGUUCCAACAACCUGAAAAUGUUGAAAAAAUCGAAAUAUGAGAACUAAUCAAGUAUGGUAAGAACGUUUUUUUCAUUUUGACAAGUCUAGGAAAAAAAUUGAUAAGAUCAAUCUUUUAUCAAUUUUUUUUGCCAGGAAAAAUUGAGUUUCAGAAUUUUUUUGACUUCAGAAAAAAAUGGUAGAAAUUUGAAAAAUAAAGAGGUUUUUAAUAACUAAUUUUUGGAUCCUUAUUUUUUUCCACUGAUUUUCUCGACGAUCUUUGGAAAAAGUUGGAAUUGAAUCAAAAAAAUAAUGCUUGACUUUUUUUUAAUUGAAAAAAAUUCUUUUCCAGGAGGCCUCCAAGAAAAGCUCAUCUUUUGGCCUUUCUCUAUCAAUUUCUGAUUUUCCUACCCAUUCGGAUAAUGCCAAAUACGAGUACGACUACGAUUUUGCCACUGAUAAAUAUCGUAUGAAAAAAAUCGGAAUAAAAUAAAUAUUAACUGAAUUAAGACUUCCCCAAAACCACCUCAAAAGUGUUGGCAAUUUACGAAGAAGGACGGAAAGUGGAAAAAAUGGAGUCCAGUGGAAUCGUUGUCUUGGAAAAUUGCCAAUUCUACGCGGAGGAAGGCGGUCAAGCUUCGGAUUACGGUGUUUUGAUGAUAAAUGAUGUAACUUUUUCCUUCUUGGAUCCUUUUAAUAUUAUUUUUUAGGAGCCUGUCUUUCUUGUAGAAGGUGUAAGAAAGCAUGGCGGGGUUUCUGCUUUAUUUGGUAAGAAAAUAGGGAAAAAUAGGGAAAUUUUGGAAGGCGCGAUUGUCAAGCAGUGCAUCGAUGAGGUCAGUAAGGAUUUGGAUUUAAAAAAAAUUGUAAAGUUGUCAUUUUGAGUUUUUUAUUAUUUAAAGGAGUUUGAAAGGCCUUUUUCAAAGAAAUUUCAAAACAUUUCAGAGAAAAAGAUUUAAAAUUUUACUUUUUACUAAAGUUCUUAAAAAUAUUAUGCCCAGUAAUGCAAACUACAGAAAAUUUGCUCACAACAGUAACAUUGGAUUUAAAAUUAUUGAAAAUUGUAGUGUCUGGUCAUUUUUACGAUACUUUUAAAGAAAAAAAGGCUGGGACUGAUGAGAGCUCACACGUCGACUCAUUUACUCAAUUGGGCUCUGAGAAAAGUUGGAAUCGGGUCAGGACAGCGUGGAUCUUCACUGGGUUUGUAUUAUCUUCAGAAAAAAAGUAUUAAAUUCAGGAUAAAUAAUCUUCUGACCACAAAUUUUUUUGAAAUUGGAAGAUCAAAUGAGGGAGAAAUUGAAAAUAAUAAAAAAACGCUCCAAAAUGACGUCGAAAAAAACUAGUUUUGGUAUUUUUUUAGUGAUGACUUAAAAUCUUUUUAUCGACAGAAAACCUCGGAGAACAAAAAUAAAAAUUAGAACGUUGGUUCAAAACUUUAAGGGUAAACUUUGAGUAAAAAUUGAGAUCUAUUCAUAAAAAAAAGAUUUUCUAGGCGAUGACUCAUUAAGAUUCGACUACGCCACUUCGGAGGAGCAGAUAAAUCCUGAAAAACGCGUUGAACUUGUGAUUUUAUCAGUUUUUCAUUUCCAAACGUUGCUUUUUAGUUGAAAGCAGUAGAAGAACUCGUGAAUGAGAAAAUCGCAGCUUCCGAGAACACUUUCGUGAAAAUUCUGCCUCUCAAAGAAGCUUGGAAAAUGGAGCAGCUCCAAUCUGAGUUCCGAGAGGUGAUUUCGGAUUUUCCUACAAUAAAAUGUACAGUUUUCUGAGAUUUGCGACCUUUCUCAAUUUUUAAUAAAGUAAGAAGUUUUCAGCACAAGGAAUACCCGGAGAAAGUUCGAGUUUGCGGAAUUGGGAACGAUUUUGAUGGAGUCUUGGAGUGUUGCUCAGGAACGUCAGUUAUUUUUAAUUUUUCGGUUUUUUUUUAAAUCUAGGAAAAGCUAUUUUCCAUUCAAUUUUGUUACAGAAACAUUUUUUUCAAAAAUUUCUCUUACAGUUUUUCGAAGAUUUUGUUGAUUGAACUGUUUUUGUUCAGUAAAACACACAUUACAUUUUUCAACCUAAGUUAGAUUUACACAAAAAAAUGAAUGGAAGUAUACGAGGAAUAUAAUUUGAACCCUUACAAGGAGAUAGUUUUCCUCACACUCUGAAAUAUUUUAAAAAUUGGUCAAAAUAAUUUUUGGUGUACUAAGAGAACACUCCUGGAGCUUCAGUCUAGUUUUACAAAUAAAAGACCUUUAAAAUUGAAUAAAACGGCCUAAGGCCAGUAGAACCUGUCAUUUUCAGACUUUGAGCUCUCAUUUAUCAAAAACUAGAGAAUUUCGCAGGUUGAACCCUUCUGGAUCUUUAAUCAGUACAUCAAAAACUACUUCGGCCAAUUUUCAAGGACUAUGUUUCACAGUUACAGUUGACUUCGAAGCCUUUCUGAAUAUUUUUCUCUAUCAUUUCAACCUUCAGCCACGUUCGGAGCACCAAAUCCAUCGGUUCCUUCGUUCUGAUGGGAGAAAAAUCAACUGCGAAAGGGAUUCGCCGAGUAACCGCUCUGACUGGAAGAAAAGCUCGAGAAGCUCAAAAAUAUGCUGGAAAUCUCGAGGAGCUUCUGAGCUCUGAAGCUGAACAAAAACAGACCUUGGUCAGAAAUGAACUUGAAAAAUGGUAGUUAAAAGACCAUUUUCAGAAAAUCGACUGGGACCGAAUCCCAUAUCUGCAACAGCAAAAGCUUCGGUCAAUGGUUAAAAAAUCAGAGAGGAACGUUAAAAAAGAUAGGAAUUAGUAUUGUUUUAGUAAUUUCCCCAUUUUGUUACAAUUUGUUUGUUAUAAAUCUGCGAUCUUCGCUUUUCCUGCCACAAAUGAACAUGACGACAUACACCUGAGCCGCCACACCUGUCGACGCCGAUUACCUGUACAGGUAAUUAGAAGCGGAAGCGAGAUUGUCAUCAGGUCGAGAUGCCCACACGUCACAAAGAAAGCGACAAGAUUAGGCUUUUUUUUGAAUUUGAUCAAGAAAUGGCUUGAAAUGGCGAUGGUGCGUCAUAAUUAUGGUCUCAUUUUUGGUAUUUCAAAGCAAAAAACUUGCGAAACUUUUCUUUUGAGAACUUCGAAUUUAGUUUUAAAAAAUAGUUUUUUUUUCUCAUCUUAUAUUUCUGAAAGACUUUCUCAACUUCUGAGUGGCCCCAAUAGAGGUUAAGGAAAAAACAGCCUCUAUAGGGGCCGAAAAGAUGGUCCCUAGGCUAUAGAGGUUUGUCAAUGUUUAUUCAAAAAAGGUUAUUUGUUAAGUUUUUUCGCAUGGAAAUGCUUCUUCGCAUAGAGUUCAUUAGAAUUAUCGACUAGUAUAUCCCCAUAUAGGGGCCACUAACUAAAGUCCCUAUGUACUUUGAAAAAGUAGUCACUAUAGGGGUUUCAGCUAGCUAUAGGAACUUCUUUGGAAUUCUCAAGAGGGUGAUCCCUAUAGGGGCCUUGGAUUCGGUAUUUUGGUCGGUAUGGUUGUAGGGGUUGAUGUAAACACUUCCUAGAGGCUUUCUUAGAAACAAUGUUCCGUUUUCAAGGUUCAAACUCCAUUUUUGCGAAAAUUCCGAUUUUUAUUAGUUCAAAUAAGUUUCCCCAUCCUUUUUUUUAAGUUCAAAAUCAAAGAUAUUUGAACUCUUAUCAAUUCAAAUUUGAAAAAAGCUUUCUUGCCCCCAUAUUCCUUUGAUCACCACUAAUUUUAUGAGUUCGCCCCUUUUGGAACCUUCCAAAGCGCCAACAACUUGCCGACCCGUAAACCGACGCAAUCGACGAGAGCGGAAUAAUGUAAUAAUGAAGCAUUGAUGGCUGGAACCUCAUAAAACAGCGCGGUAACAUCGUCGGCCCCAGGAGAAAGAGGGACCGCCGAGACGAGGUUGCGUCAUCGGAGCCGAUCCGGCCCCACCGUCUGCCUCGACGUUGGCACGGCAACAACGGCACGAGUGAUGUCACAACAGUUCGACAUCUGGACCCAAGAAAGAAGGUCACUGUUACUUUUCAUGGGUUCCUGAAAAGGGGAGCUGCUGAUGGGACGGGUCGACUAGAGCGGUCACAUUGUCAAAGGAGCCAUUUUUUCUUAAUUUUUUCACCGACUUUUCAAAUUUGUGAGUGGGAACGGAGAGGGGGCGGGGGUUUGCUUAUAAGACCCGGGGCAGCUCUGCUGAAAGGAGUUGAGUGUCUCCUAAAGGAAGUCGAAGUUUAGGGACCCUGAAAGAAGAAAAAACGCUUCUGCUGUUCCUAAGAAGGUCAAGAAAAACUUCUUCCAAGCUCCUGAAAGUCUCAAACUGCACAACUUUCCCUUUUUUAGAACGGGCCAAGAGUCUUAAAAGUAGCCUUACGGAUCUUGAGGGUUUUCUUCGACAUUGAGACCUAUCUUCUCGAAAAAUAGGAAGCUCUACAGGUUAGGACUUUCAGGAUCUUCAUCUGCUAAAAAAAUCGGCACAAGUCAGUGGUUUCAAAAUUCUUAUAUUUAUUUUACUCUGAACUCUUCCUCUCUGUUAUUUUUUCCUACAGGUCCUUAAUCGGAUUAUUAUCCUCGAAAUCCAAUAAGCGCUGAAAUUUCUUCACGAGCUUUAUCAGUGCUCGCCCUGAUAACGCGUUGGAUGGACACUCGCGCGAAAACGUUGCCUUUCCCGUACGUUUUUCGCAACAUUUUUUACAGCCUCUUAUCGUUCGGGUCACUUCACGUGACGAUAUCAUCGAGAAGCUGACUUCGACCAAAACUUGA